AUGGCGGUUGGUAUCAGCGCCUUCAAGCAGUUCGUGAAAUUCGGCACUGAUGCCUACGGCAUUGAGCGCCUCCUCCGCCUCAUUCAAUCCCUCAUCACCAUCCUCCUCUUCGCACCCACAAGCUUCAACCACCUCCCACUCCUAUCCCUCCUGAUACCCACGUCCUUCAUUUCACCAACCACCCCGACAAUAACAACAACCCUCACCCACCUCCGCAAACGCCUCGCCACACUCCGCCAACCCCUCCGCUUCUUCCGCUUCCUCGACUGCUUCACCUCUGCCUGGACAAUCUUCGUUACGGCACCAACCGCGACGCCUUCCUUGGCAGACACCCUCCUCCGAUGGACAGACUUUGGCAGCAAGGCCUUCAACGGCAUGUACCUUCUCCUCGAGAGUGCCGUGUUUGCUGAGGUGGUGCUGGACGUGCCUGGUGUCGGGUUGUGGGUGGGAGGGCCUGAGGCGGUGAGGCAGAUGGGGUUGGACGGGCAGCGGUUUUGGUUUGUGAGUUUGGUGUGUGGGAUUGUGGGGGGUGUGGUGAGAUUGAUGGUUAGCGAGACAAGUGGGCAAGAGGGAGGGGGUGGUGGGAAGGAGGACGGAGACGGGAAGGGAAAAGAGGGCAGCGUAAAAUCGGUGCAGAAGAAACGGAAGGUUUUGAGGAGAGUGGUGGCGGAUAUGAUGGAUCUCGCUGUCCCUGGGUCGGCGGUGGGCUGGGUGCCGUUAUCACCGGGGAUAGUGGGAGUAUUGAUGUUUGGAAGCACGGCGCUGACGGGACUGGAGGUUUGGGAGAGGUGUGGGAGAGAGCUUGCUGUCGGCAAGGCAGCAGGCAGGUCAUAA